UUUACCAAUAUAUUGCAUGGAAUAAUUUUUGGUUUCAACCUGACUAACUGUUCAACUGAUUUUGAGAAACACAAGAAAUUGGGAAUUUGGUCCAUUUCCAGUCCAUCUCUGAACUCUCCCCAUGCCAUGGCCGCCAUAGCCACUGCUUCAGUCUCCUCUCCACUUACAACCAUUGCACCCGGCGCCGCCCAUCCCCGCCACCUCUCUACCGCCAUCUCCUCAGCGGCAUCCCUCUCCCACCUGAAGCAAAUCCACGCCCAAAUCUUCCGCAACAACCUACACCGCUCCAACUCCCUCCUACUCGACUUCGUCCUCUCCUCACUCCCCUUCUCCUCCGACUACGCCCUCGCCGUCUUCUUCAACAUCCACAAUCCCGAACCCCACCUCUGCAACAAGCUCUUGCGCAAACUUUCCCGUUCCCGGGAACCUAGAAAAGCCCUCUUGGUUUUUGGGGCUCUUCGGAAGAAAGGCUUUUCCGUUGACCGGUUUGGUUUUCCGCCCUUGCUGAAGGCGGCCUCGAAUGCUUUGGCUCUGGUGGAGGGGAGGGAGAUUCAUGGGUUGGGGUGUAAGCUUGGGUACGAUUCGGACCCCUUUGUACAGACUGCAUUGCUUGGGAUGUAUGCGUCUUGUGGGUUGAUACCAGAGGCCCGUCGGGUGUUCGAUAAAAUGUCUUACAGGGAUGUUGUCACUUGGGAUAUAAUGAUUGAUGGUUACUGUGAGAGUGGGCUUUUUGAUGAUGCAUUGUCAUUGUUGGAAGAGAUGAAGAGCUCUGGUGUAGAAACAGAUGAAAGGAUUUUCACAACCAUCCUUUCUUCCUGUGCCCGAGCUAGGAAUCUAGCUGUAGGCAAACAGAUUCAUAACUUCGUAUCUGAGAAUGGCAUCACGAUUGACUCUCAGUUGCAGACUGCUCUAGUCAACAUGUAUGCGAGUUGUGGCUCCAUGGAUGUGGCUCAGAGUUUGUAUGACGAAUUGUCACCAAAGAAUGUGGUGGCCUCCACAGCCAUGCUUUUUGGAUAUUCUAAAGUUGGGCAAAUUGAAGCUGCUCGCUUGAUAUUUGAUCGAAUGGCAAGCAGGGACUUGGUUUGCUGGAGCGCUAUGAUAUCUGGUUAUGCAGAAAGUGAUCAGCCCCAGGAAGCUCUCAAGUUAUUUAACGAAAUGCAAGCUGCAUCUAGAAUUAAGCCCGACCAAGUUGCAAUGUUGAGUGUCAUUUCGGCAAGUGCUAAUCUUGGUGCAUUGGAUCAAGCUAAGCAUAUUCACAUGUUUAUCAAGAAGAAUGGUUUCGAAGAAGAUUUGCGUAUAAACAAUGCCCUUAUUGAUAUGUACGGUAAAUGUGGGAGUCUGGAUGGAGCAAUAGGUGUUUUUGACCGGAUGCAUAGGAAGAAUGUUAUAUCUUGGACAAGUAUGAUCAAUGCUUUUGCCAUGCACGGAGAUGCAAACAAUGCCUUGCUGCUUUUUAAUCAGAUGAAGCAUGAGAAAGUUGAGCCCAAUGGGGUUACGUUUUUGGGUCUUUUAUAUGCUUGUAGCCAUGCUGGACUGGUUGAAGAAGGACAAAAAAUGUUUUCAUCAAUGGUGAAUGAAUAUGGACUGGUGCCAAAACAUGAACACUACGGUUGCAUGGUAGACCUCUAUGGCCGUGCAAACCUUCUUAAAGAAGCCCUUAAGGUUAUAGAGACUAUGCCAAUGGCCCCAAAUGUAGUCAUCUGGGGCUCCUUAAUGGCAGCCUGUCGGAUCCAUGGUGAGUUUGAGUUAGGAGAAUUUGCUGCAAAACAGAUUCUUGUGUUAGAACCAGACCACAGUGGUGCCCAUGUUUUAUUAUCGAACAUUUAUGCCAAAGAAAGGAGAUGGGGAAAUGUUAGAGAGGUGAGAAAAUUGAUGACACUCAAUGACAUAUCGAAGGAACAGGGCUGCAGCAAGAUCGAAAUCAACCAGGAGAUCCAUGAAUUUUUGACGGCAGACAGAAGUCAUAAACGAGCAGAUGAGAUAUACGCAAAGCUGGAUAUAGUGGUUGAUAAACUGAAAGAGGCAGGAUAUGCCCCAGAUACCAGUAGUGUUUUACUCGACUUAGACGAAGAUGAGAAGAAGGAUGCAAUUCUUUGGCACAGCGAGAAACUAGCGUUUUGUUAUGGACUAAUGAACAGCGAAAGAGGCUCUAGCAUACGCAUCAUCAAGAACCUAAGGGUCUGCGAGGACUGUCAUAACUUUAUGAAGUUGGCAUCGAGGGUGUUUGAUAGGAAAAUUGUUAUGAGAGAUAGGACUAGAUUUCAUCAAUAUGCAGAUGGCCUCUGCUCAUGUAAAGACUUCUGGUAAGUCUCGAGAUUAUUGUUUAUAUAAUAUAUAUAAUACACUCUUUGUUGAAUAUACUGCUCAACUGAAAA